AUGUCACAUUCAGGACAUGGUAGCGGGGGGAGUGGCCUUUUUCCCGUCCCGGAGGAUCCCUACUUUGCAAAGAUCUACUGGAUGUUUGUUGGUGGAGCUAUAGGUGUCGGAGCAUUGGUGCAUCUGGGGGAAUUACUGCUCUACCGUCAGAGGCUCGUUGACACCCUGUUUGUGUCAAACAUUCCUUGGCUGACCUGAAUGUCUCCUAGAAUCUCUGCCGCUUCCAGGGCUCUUCCCCAGCCGGCCAGACCAAAGAGCUUGCUUGUCAGAUGGUAUGCCACCCUCACUGCGACAACCCGAGAGGCGGUAUAUUAUACCGCCCCGUUGAUGGCUGCUCGGGGGAAGCCAUCAGGCGCAGACUGGAAGCUUUCAUGGAGAAAGUCGUCGUCACCCUUGAAUUUCCCGCAGCUUGGGCGUGCCCUGCUCAUUGCUGCAAAUCUUGCCUUGCUGCUAUCGCUCAAUUUUUAUGGCUGGGAUGUGGAUGAUCGACGGAAUUGGGAGGCCAUGGCUGUCCGCGCUGGCUGGGUUACCAUUGCCCAACUGCCCCUGGUAUUCCUGUUGGCUGGCAAGAGGAAUCUGAUCGGGUACGCUACCGGCACCUCUUACGAGCGAUUGAACUGGAUUCAUAGAUGGGUCGCACGGUGCAUGUUCAUCACCUCCACAAUCCAUCUGGGCUACUUUUUUCGGACGUGGGGCCGGUAUGACUAUAUCGGGCACAAGCUUGAGAUUGACAUAAUAGCUCGUAGAGGGCUAGGUGCUUGGUGCGUGCUGCUGUGGAUCACGCUGUCGAGUUUCGCGCCCAUUAGGGGAUGGAGAUACGAGCUCUUUGUUGUCCAGCAUAUAAUCAGCCUCAUUGGCUUUAUCGUCAUGGUUGGGCUGCACACUCCGGAAAAGGCGCAUGUCUAUGUCUGGCUACCUGUCGCUGCUUUCAUCCUCGACCGUGUCCUGAGGAUAGUAUAUAUGCUCUACACCAACCUAGCUAUUUUUCACCCUGGAAGGUGGCACAAACCCUCCGGACUCUUCACCUGCAGCGCCACUUUUCACGCGCUGUCGGACAAGGCUACGAGAGUGGUGAUACUCGACCCGCCGUUUAAUUGGAGUCCGGGACAGCACGCGUUUGUUUCCUGUCACUCGCUGGUGCCACUGCAAUCCCACCCGUUCACAAUUACGACCUUGCCGUCGGAUAAUUCUCUAGAGUUUGUGAUCCGGACCCAGAAGGGCGGGACCGAGAAGCUUUCCGACCAUGCGUGUGUGCUGCCGGCCAAUAAGGAUAAAUCGAAGACUGUUAUCAUUGAUGGCCCCUACGGCCAGAUUCGUCCACUGGAGCAAUUUGACUCGGUUUUUCUGUUAGCAGGAGGUGCCGGUGCCGCUUUCGUCAUCCCAUUGCUGAGGGACCUUGUCCGGUUGAGGAGGGAGUCGAAACCGAUGGUGACGAGAAAGAUCAGACUUGUCUGGGUUGUUCGGAGCAGCACCCAGGCCAGUUGGUUCGCAAAGGAGAUUGCGGAUGCGACGGGGACACUUGGGAAGGUUAAUGGACUAAUUCUUGAAGUGAGUGUUUACGUCACUUGUGAUGAUGCGUUAUCAGCACCGCCGUCAAGCUCCCCCAGCCAGAAUGGGCUUCCCAAGGCAGCGGAUCCAAGAGCAAUUCCUACCGAGAAGGUUGGAGGCGUAAUGGCAGGAGGGAGUGAACUCUGCGGCGGCGACCGUUGUUGUUGUCAAGAGGUUCUCGAGGACGAGGACGCCAUCGUCGAGGCCAACAAAGCCGGUGAGAAGAAGCAAGUCUGUUGCUGCUGCUCGCAGUCCACCGUGCCUCAUCCAAAGAUACCGAAGACGACAGACACAGACCUUGUCGGGACGCAGACUCAGGAUUCCGCCUCUUCGAAGAAUAGUUUGGCCGCAUCGCUUUGCUUACCGCCGGAGCAUAUCUUUUCCGGCCGGCCUGCUAUCAGGGUUCUCAUGAACAAGGAACUUGAGAAGGCACUUGGGGAGAGCGCAGUGGUGGUAUGUGGCCCCGCGGAGUUGGCCGAGAAGACGAGGCAGGCUGUUGUCGCUCUUAGUGACGAGAGGGCGGUGCAUAAAGGGACUGGUGCACAAGGAGUGGGUUUACCUAUUCCCAUCUUCGUUCAUUUGAUUGGAUGUGGGACUAACGGGUUUUAG